CUCCGUGUUUAGUCGAUAGUAAACCAGUGACUGCUCGGAAUCAAAAGAUCGUGAAAUACCGACGAUCUGUAAAUUUCCAAUCAAACUUGGCGUGUCUAGUCUCGUGCCAUAAUCGUAACAAGAAAGAAGUUACGAUUUGUUUUAAGAUAUUUCGUAAUAUUUAUUGAGAUAUAUAUUUUGUAAUGUAUAUAAAUGUAAUGCGUGAUAGUCUUUAUUCAUUGUUCGAGAUUCACUGGUUGAAGUGUUAAUUAAGAAUCACGUUGCCAUACAAUUCGUGGAUUUUCAAUCGCCAAUAUUAAUAAUAACAAUCGUGAAGAAGAUUGAACGUCGAAUUUCAAAGGAGUGUUUCAAUUACGAUGAUUACAUUAUUAGUCGUUGAUUACGUUAUUAGUGUGUCGUUGAUAUAACGCUGCCCCUUCUCUUCCUUAGUUCGAGUGGAUUUAUGCGACCGAAUGAAAAACCGCGUGGAGGAAAAAGCAAGAUGCAAAUCGGACUGAUUCUCAAACGUAUGCAAGUGUUAUACCCGUGUACACGUUGUACGUAAUAAAAUCGAACUAUCUGCGCAAUUAAGUUUAUUCGCUCCUCGAUCGCAGAUAAAUUAUGUUCCUUUGAAGAAUAACAAAUGAAAAAAAGGGGAGGGAGGGAGAGAAAACAAGAUCAAAGAUUUCUUAUCGCGCUUGUCGAAGAUUAUUGAAAUUUACAUACGAUGAAACUAAGUGUCGUAGUAAAUUAAGUGUCGUAAACUAAGUGAGAAAAUAAUCAAGUGGUCGCUAAAACAGACGUGCUCUCCAUUCAUUCCAACAAAAUUAAACACCAGCAAUCGCCACAAACACCAUAAAUCGCGUCAAAAAAAUGAAAUGAAAAAAUUUCUUGAUGAAGUACAACAAAAAUAAAAGCUCGCGUCACCAAAGUGACAUUUUACAAAAAUUGUGACUAAACACUUCGAACUAAAUUUUAAAUUAAGAAGAAAAAGAAAGAAUAAUGUACAACGAGUUGAGGUGUUGAAAAAUCAAUUUUCUACGACACAAUGUGAACGGAGAAACGAACAUUCUAUUGGGUUUGAGUACAUUUCGAUGUUCGCAGCAAACGAUACUCUAUCUACAAACACCAUCGUCCACAGAUGAUCGGUCAGAGCAGGGCAGACCGACAAAGGAAAUGACGGGACACCCAGUCUGCGACAACAUGACUGACUACGUCGGCCACACUCGUCGCCUGGACCUCGCUCAGCUACUUUCCUCCGGCAUCUUGAACAACACAUGCUUGGAGCACGCACCGCAGCUAACGAGAGUCACCGUGUCGAAGGUGAUCGUACUGGCAGUGAUCGCGAUCCUCAGUUUCGUGGCCAACGUGGCGACCAUCUACUCGAUCGUGAUCAACCGGCAAAGGCAGCAGACCUGGUCGGUGAUUUACACGCUGAUCUUUCAUCUGGCGGUCGCCGAUUUGUUCGUCACGGUGUUCUGCAUUGGUGGUGAAGCGUUGUGGAGUUACACCGUGGCGUGGAUCUUCGGCAACCUCGCCUGUAAAUUGUUCAAGUUUGUACAAGUGUUCAGUUUGUACCUGAGUACGUUCAUGCUGGUGUUGAUUGGGGUAGAUAGAUACUUCGCUGUACGGUACCCUAUGAAAGAGUUGAUCACUCCCGAGAGAUGCUGGAAGUUCGUGGUUUUCGCGUGGAUACUGUCCCUCGUACUGGCGACGCCUCAGAUUAUUAUAUUCCGCGUAGCUCAAGGACCAUUCAUUGAAGAAUUUAAGCAAUGCGUGACCUACGGAUUCUACACAGAAUCCUGGCAGGAACAACUUUACUUGAGUCUCACUUUGUUCUUCAUGUUCAUUCUUCCUCUCGCUAUACUCGUCGCCACCUACGUUUCCACCGUAAUUACUAUCUCUCGGAGCGAAAGGAUAUUUAAAUUGAAGCUAACUAAUAAUAAUAUACGUCAUGUGAACGGGAACAUUAACCGGAGGAAAUUAAUGCAUCGAGCAAAGGCCAAAUCGUUAAAAAUCAGUAUCAUCAUUGUAGCUGCCUUUAUCCUCUGGUGGACUCCGUAUUAUACAAUGAUGAUCAUUUUCAUGUUUCUUAAUCCUAGCGAACAACCGAGUAAGGAAUUCAAGGAGAUAAUCUUUUUCUUUGGCAUGAGCAACAGUUUGGUAAAUCCUUUAAUAUAUGGCGCGUUUCAUCUGUGGCCGCGAAGAAAACGUUUCGCUCACAGGUACAUUAAUAGAGUUGAACCUCGAGAAUUAUCCACGACGCAACGCAGACUCACGCCAACGAACUGCGGAAGUAACGGCAAACGAGAAUCACGAGAAACGCAAACGCCAUUUAUACAAAAGAAUAAUUCAAAUACUAAUAUUUGAUUGAUAUUAACGAAAAAGUCGAGUACAAAUCAAAUCGUAUUUUGUCAAAGAGUUUGAAGUUUUAACUUUGAAAGUUGACCAUCGACGAUAACUAAAAUAACUCGAAGUCCUGUUCUCAUAUCUAGUCUUUACUUUUAAGAAUAAUUAAUUAUUAAGAUUACGAUACGUCCCAUCCAUCGAAUGGGAAGUGUCGAGUAUUUGAAUGUUAAUUAAGAUAUUCGAAAAUAGUAUAGUAUAAAGAGUAAUGUAAUGUGUAUCAUGUGAAUACUUAUAUAAUAGCAUUAUACAUGUGUUUGAAAGAAUUCAUAUUGUAAAUUUCUCCGUUUUAUAUGUAAGAUAUAUAAUAUACUUAUUGUUAGUUUU